ACGCCCAAGUCAAAUGAAGCUCUUGUGGAAAUGCAAGGUGUUGCUUUCAAUCAUCGUGAUGUCUGGAUCAUGAAAGGUUUCUAUCCACUCCCCAUAAUUGCUGGCUCCGUUCUUGGUUCCGAUGGCGUAGGUACUGUCAAGAAGGGCAAAAACGUCGGUCAACGCGUUCUCGUCUGUCCCGGUAUCGGAUGGGACUCUGAUCCUCGAGGACCAGAGAAUGACUACUAUAUCCUCGGCUUGCUUCCAGCUAUUGGCACAUUUGCAAACGAGAUCACAGUCGAGGAAGCCGAUUUGGCACCCUGCCCCGAACAUUUGUCGACAGCCGAAGCCGCUGCUUUACCUUUGGCCGGUUUAACCGCGUACCGUGCUCUUUUUGACAAGGGUUGUGCCAAGACAGGCGACAAUGUUUUGAUUACCGGCAUUGGUGGCGGUGUUGCCGUAUAUGCCCUGCAAUUCGCUGUCGCUGAAGGUAUGAACGUCUAUGUCACUUCGUCCAGCGCUGAAAAGAUUGAAUUUGCCAAAAAAUUGGGCGCCAAGGGUGGUGUCAAUUAUAAGGAUCCCAAAUGUAUCGAUGACUUGCAGAAACAGUUGAACGGUGGUAAGAUUCGAACCGUCGUGGAUGGUGCUGGUGGCCCUAUUUACGCCGAGUUACCCAAGGUUUUGGCCAGCGGUGCCAAGAUGGUCAACUAUGGCCAAACUUCUGAUAAGAGCAUAUGCUUUACAAUGAUACACGUCUUCCAGAACGUGGACCUCCGCGGCUCUACCAUGGGUUCACGACGAGAGUUUCACGAGAUGGUGGCAUUUGUCGACAAGCACAAGAUUAAACCCCUGGUCUCCAAGGUGUGGAAGGGUUUGACCGAAGAAUCUGUCGAUGGUGCGCUUGAUUACAUGGCCAAUGGACAUCAGCAGGGCAAACUUGUCAUUGAA